AUGUCUGAACUGGAUUUGUGGAUUGUUUCACUCAACAGAUAUCCUUGUUUCUCUGUCUUCUGGUCUGUUGAUUGUAGGCUGAUCGGCAUGGACAACUCCAUUCUCAAAGCCAGAGAAGAGAACCUGAUUAAAUACCAGAGGAGCUUUUUGGGGUGUGAGAUGGUGGACUGGCUGGUGGAGGAAGGGGAGGUCGCAAACCGGAAGGAAGCUACGGAACUCUGCCAAACCCUCCUUGAACACGGGAUCAUCCAGCACGUCUCCACUCCGUGCCAUUUUGAUGACCGGGAUCUCCUCUACCAGUUUCGUAUCAAUUUCCGCCGAAGGAGGCGACUCACGGAACUACUCAGUGAAAGUUUGCAGAGGACCCUUUCGGACAGUCCGGAUAGUCCCUUCUGCCUCCGAAAGUUGAACCCCGAGCAAGACCCCUCCAGCUUCCUGUCAGUCCAAACCAAUAAGGAAAUCAAAAUUGUCUCGGCUGUCCGAAGAAGCAGUGUGACUUCCCUGGCUGGAGGAUCCAGUUUCUAUUACAACCUCUCCCCAAACCUGGGACAGGUGCCUGCUGUUGAGUGCAAUCCUAAAUCGGUCUUGAAGAGACCCAUCACCAACGAAGAGCUUUUGACACCCGGGGCACCUUAUAUCAAGAAAACACUGACAAUUGUAGGUGAUGCAGUUGGCUGGGGUUUUGUAGUCCGUGGAGGUCAGCCAUGCCACAUCCAAGCUGUAGAUCCAGGAGGACCAGCUGCUGCUGCUGGCAUGAAGGUCUGCCAAUUUGUCUACUCAGUGAACGGAAUGUAUGUUUUACACUUGGAUUAUCAGACUGUGAGCAACCUCAUUGUGACAGGACCUCGGACUCUUGUGCUCGAAGUUAUGGAAGAAGAUGAAUGAAGUCCCCUCCCCCCUGUCUCCCCAACAUUUUCAGAUCAGCCCCCACUUUGCCAGCUGUGGAAGAGCCAAUCCAUCUCCCUGAACCCUAAAAACAUUGGUGCCCCCCCCUCCAUCUAUUACUUUCUCAACCUCAGCAAGCUAAAGAUGUAUGGACUUCAUGGCUGGCUGGGG